AUGACUUCCGUCACAGUCCUAGCGUCACUGAGUUCGGCGUCGCUAGCAGUGGCUGCCAAGACAUCAUUGUUGGACGCAAUCCAGAGCAUUCCAGAACGAUAUCCAAGCGUCACAACAGCUACACUUGUCUUCUUCUGGUACUUUCUCAACGUAAUCUUCAACAUAUUGAACAAGAAGAUAUACAACUACUUUCCGUAUCCAUACUUUGUGUCUGCAGUUCAUCUAACAGUUGGAGUCGUUUAUUGUUUGAUUUCCUGGGCGUUGAGACUUCCCAAGCGUGCUCCGAUUGACAAAGGCAUGCUUGUGCUCCUCGCGCCAGUCGCAUUCUGCCACGCGCUUGGCCAUGUUAUGACCAACGUGUCAUUUGCAUCAGUGGCUGUGUCCUUCACGCACACGAUCAAGUCCCUGGAGCCGUUUUUCAACGCGGCUGCAUCUCAGUUUGUCCUCGGCCAGCAUGUGCCACUUCCACUGUGGCUGUCUCUCCUCCCUGUUGUCCUUGGUGUUUCCCUGGCAUCCGUGACUGAAUUGUCCUUCAACUGGACUGGCUUCCUCACUGCAAUGACCUCUAACAUUGCCUUCACUUACAGAAAUGUGUUUUCCAAGAAAGCAAUGGUUGGAAUGGACAGUACAAAUCUCUACGCUUACAUUUCCAUCCUCUCCCUUCUCUAUUGCAUCCCCCCUGCCAUUCUGAUGGAAGGCCCCAAGCUCCUUGCUGGGGGGUUCACAGAUGCAAUCGCCAAAGUCGGCAUGACCAAAUUCUUGAGUGACCUGUUCUGGGUCGGAGUGUUCUAUCACUUGUACAAUCAGCUUGCAACAAACACCCUUGAGCGCGUCUCGCCACUUACCCAUGCUGUGGGAAAUGUCCUCAAGCGUGUCUUUGUGAUAGGGUUUUCAAUCAUCAUCUUUGGUAAGUUGCAAGUUGAUAAGAGCCUUGCUGUUGGUUCCAUUUUUUUCCUGCAGUAA